AUGAAAUUAGAAUUAUCACUAUUAUUAUUACUAUCUACAAUUUUAUAUUACUGUGCUGGUGUUAUUGUUACAUCCUCAUCACCAGGUGCUAUCGACUCUGAUCAAAUAAAUACUGAACCAAUUGCAUCAGUUUAUGGUAGUGUAUUUAGCAAUGGUGCUUCAAAUGGUAUCCAACCAAUAGGCACAACUUGUGAAACUUUAAAAGAUAAUUUAAAUGCAGAGUACUAUCCAUUAAUGAUUUUAAAUUCAACAGCUUAUUUUGCAAGACAAAUAAAUAGCAAUGCUUUAAAUCUUGCUGUUGUUACAAGUCAAGGUGUAUAUCCGCUUGAAAUCCAACCAAAUCUAAUUAAACUAGUUGCAUUAUAUAAUAUACAAUCUGAACUCUCAUAUGAUGAUACUAUUGGCGAAGCUGGAUCAUUUAUUUUUGUUGAUAAAAACGGUAACAUUAUUAUUUAUGAUAUUUUCAAAGACAUCGUACAAUCAAUCGAAUUAUUAUUUGAAAUCGAAUUUAACACUCCACCAUAUUAUAACUAUAACUCUAAGCUUUAUUAUAUUUCAACUUAUGAUUCAUCAUCAUCACAAUCCAUUCUUGUCGCCAACCUUGAAGAGUAUAGUACCAAUUUUUAUUCAGUUGACAAUCUUAAUCUAAAAUACUCCAUCGAUUCAAUUCAAACAAGUGGCUACAAUAAUCAAAUAGUUUUAUUCGGUUCAAAUAAAGUAGAUCAAAAAUCAUAUUUAUAUUUAAUGGACCCAUACGGUGGUACAUAUCAAUUUUUAGGUUCUAAAGAUUUUAAUACUACAAUGAUAACUGGUUUAAAUCCACAAUAUAUUUUAUUCGAGAAUCAAGAGGGUACCUUAACCGAAUUAUUAAAUUUACAAACACAAAAAUCACAAACAUAUGAAAAUACUUGCUUUGAUAUUCAUUAUAUUAAUACUUUCUUAACAUCUAUUAUUCCAAAAGAUAUUUUUACAAAUUAA